CUCCUAGGAGGAAGUGCCCGAGUCCCGGGGCGGGGACGACAGCCAGACCCCGCCUCUGCUGCGACGUGGGCUCCUUUCCAGGUGCGCCUCCCGCCCAGAUCUGCUCCAUCCCGGCUCCAGCAUCCACGCCUCCCUCCGACUUGGCCCCUUGGACCCGAAUCCAGCCAUGGCCCGAGGCGACGCCCCAGAGGACGGCUACCACCUGGUCGGGACCAGCUUCUUUAUUCUUGGUUUGGGGACCUUGCUGCCCUGGAACUUCUUUAUCACUGCCAUUCCGUACUUUCAGGCUCGGCUGGCCGUGGUCAAUGUCACAGGGGAGCCCUCCGAUACCAAUGUUACAAGCCCUGGGGAUGCAUUUAACUUCAACAACUGGAUGACCCUCCUGUCCCAGCUUCCUCUACUACUCUUCACUCUCCUCAACUCUUUCCUUUACCAGUGCAUCCCAGAGAUGGUGCGCAUCCUGGGCAGCCUCCUGGGCAUUCUGAUGCUCUUCAUCCUGACUGCCGCCCUGGUCAAAGUGGACAUGAGCCCUGAGCUCUUCUUCUCUAUCACCAUGGCCUCCAUCUGGUUCAUCAAUUCUUUCUGCGCCAUCCUCCAGGGCAGCCUCUUUGGGCAGCUGGGGGCCAUGCCCCCUACCUACAGCACUCUUUUCCUCAGUGGCCAAGGCUUAGCAGGGACCUUUGCUGCUCUUGCCAUGCUGAUGUCCAUGGCCAGUGGAGUGGAUGCCCAGACCUCUGCCCUCGGGUACUUUAUCACCCCGUGCGUGGGAAUCCUUGUCUCCAUUGCCUGUUAUCUGUCCCUGUCACACUUGGAGUUUGCCCGCUACUACCUGGACAAGAAGGCACCCCCCCCGCAGGCCUAUGAGUUGGAGACCAGGGCCGAGCUGCUCCAAGCUGAUGAGAAGAAUGGUUUUGCUGGGAGUCCCCAGAAGGCUCGGCUGGCCCUGGAGCUGGAGCUGGAGCCAGAGAAGGAGCCCAAGCCUGGGAAGGCUUCAGUCCUCCUUGUCCUCAGAAAGAUCUGGGUGAUGGCUCUGUGUAUCGUGCUGGUGUUCACCGUCACCCUGUCUGUCUUCCCGGCCAUUACUGCCAUGGUGACCAGCUCCAGGGGCCCUGGAAAGUGGAGCCAGUUCUUUAACCCCAUCUGCUGUUUUCUGCUCUUCAAUACCAUGGACUGGUUGGGAAGAAGUAUGACCUCCUACUUCCUGUGGCCGGACCAGGAUGGCCGCCUGUUGCCGCUGCUGGCCUGCCUGCGUUUCCUGUUUGUUCCCCUCUUCAUGCUGUGCCACGUGCCCGAGCGGUCCCACCUGCCGGUCCUCUUCCCGCAGGACGCCUGCUUCAUCACUUUCAUGCUGCUUUUUGCACUCUCCAAUGGCUACCUGGUGUCUCUCACCAUGUGCCUGGCGCCCAGGCAGGUCCUGCCCCAUGAGAGUGAAGUGGCUGGAGCUCUGAUGACUUUCUUCCUGGCCCUAGGGCUCUCCUUCGGGGCCUCUCUCUCCUUCCUCUUCAAAUCUCUGCUGUGAGACAGCCCCAUUUCCUUCCUUGCCCUGUGUGGAUGGGGCUGGGAGCCUUCCAGGGGCUGUGAGGUUUGGGACUUGGGAGAGGAGAGGGCUGAGAAUGUGCAACAGGUCCUAGAUGGGUGACUGAGGAACAACCAGGCUGUGAGGACAGGCAGACUCUGGGGGAUCUCAACACCUGCCCUCCACACCUGACGGAUUCUUGGGAGGGCGCUGUUACCAGCCAGCAGCCUCCCUCUCCUGCCUGCCAAGGAAGGGCUGUCACUUGGCAGACUUUUAAUAGGCUGUUAAGGGGGAUGAAAGGCCCCCAGCUUUUCCUGGUCCUGGGCAACCCUCCAAUAGCUCUCAAAAGGGGCUAUCUUCCUGGUGGUUUAGGUGCUGACCUGCUCUGGAGGCAGGAGGAUGGACCAGGUGACCUGGGGAUGCUGGAGGGUUCUGUUGGGGAGCCCCUUACCUUGGCCAUUGUUAGACAUUCCAUUGUAGGGAGCUCCUAGGCUACGCCCUGGGGGAAGUUGGGAAUUUCACUGGGGAUCCUUCCUUUGGUAAAGUGAGCCUGUAGGUAGAGAGGGGAGGAAGUAAUACCACGUUUUGCCCUGAAUACCUUCCUCUCUCAAACAAGUAUUAUAGUGAGGUCUAUGCCCAGGGUGAGCCCCACUUGCUGCUGCUGUGAGCUGUUAGGGACUGGUGCAGCCACCGCCUCCAACCCUGAGCUCAGGGUGGGAUCUGAGGCCCCACUUUGGGGUUCCAGGGCCUGCUCCAGGAAGUCCUCAUUGCUCCAUCACUCCUGGGGUGGGGAAAAGCAGGGAAGGGAAGGGGUAACUCAGUGAGCAAGACUUAAGGGCCUCCUGUGUGCCAGGCCCUGUGCUGGGCCCAGAGCCUGUCCUCAAGGAGCUUCUAUUCUGCAGGGAAAGAUAAGCACAGAUUGGGAACCGAGUGCCAGACACUGGUAGGGAUGGAGCUUUGCCAGCUACUCAGGGAAAAAGCAGCCAUGAUUGUCCAGAAGCCCCGUCGCCCACCAGGGUUGCUUCGCUCUGGUCGCUGCCUCCCCGGCCCCGGGACCUGGGGAAGCUCCUGGAAGUCAGUCAGGCCUUCUAGCUGGUGCUGUCACGCCUGCCAGAACCUGUUCCCGGUUUCUGCAGGAAGCGCCUGACCUCUGACAGGCUGCAGCCUGAGAAGUCAGCCCCUGAGCAGGAGCCCGACGCAAGCCCUCUUACACUUACACAGAGAGCUUGUACCUUCUACUUCCAAGGCACUUCUGCCAACGUCUCAGAACAGUCUCUCUACUACUGGGUGAGGCAGGCAUUGUCCCCAUCUGGCAGAUGAAGAAACUGUAGUUCAGAAUGGGUAUGGGAGGAAAAUGGGGAGUCCAGUUCCUCAGAGAGCAGCAUCCCAUUCAGUUAGCAAACAUUUAUCAAACACCUAGUGUAUGCAUAAAGGAGACACAAAGUUUAAAGAAAACAAGUCCCUGCACUUGGGGUUUUACAGUCCCGUUGGGGGAAUUAAGACAAGCACAGAUAACUAUUAUGCACUUAAGUGCCUACCAUGUGCUAGGCACUGCGUGAGGGGCUGAGAACACAAAGAGAAAAAUGAGACCGUCUCUCCCUGUCUGUUGGGGUAAACAGCAUGUUCACAGAUAACACAGGAUAUAUGCAAGAUGAAGCAAGUGCCAGCGCAUCAGAGAUGGCUAAAGUGUUGGCUAGGCUGGGCAGCUGGGGAUCAGGCAGGACCCUGGACAGGGGCGUUGGCACCUAAUAGAAUAGAAAGGUGAGGAAGGCCAGCUAAGAAGGGAUGACCAGAUCCACGCAUAGGGAAGAGUAGACUAGGAAGCCCUGGCACAGCAGGAGCUGGGCUCUUUCCCAUGUGCUCGCUGCCGGGGGCCCACCCAGCUCCUGCCCUCAGGGAACUCACAAUCUAGAAGGAAAGUGGGAUCCCCUCACCAGCAUCUCCAACACGGCAGUGGUUAGGAGGCACCUGUGCUUGGUGCUCCACACCGGGGACUGCAAGCAUAGGAUCUGCCCUCCAGGAAACCAGAACAGUAACAGACAUGAAGGACAAAGCAGAGAAGGAAGGAGAGGUGGAGGGCCCUGGCUCCAUCAGAAAAGUAGUUCUAACAGUGUGGACACAAGGGUCCGGGGGUCAGUCUGGGAAUGGUGGGCUCAGUCAUCUGGAAGGGAAGGCCACAGUUGGGGUGGAAGCUUGGAGGCUGAGGGAGGCUCUCUGGGAGGCCAGGGGAAUGGAACACACCAAGGGAGGGGGAAUUUUAGCUUUUAGCCUCGAACAAGUGAUGUCCCUCUCUGGUCCUCAGUUUACCCACAAACGAGAAAAGGCAGCUUGGAAUUGUGAUUGGAAAGUCCAUACCCCAGGCUGGGCUUCCUCCCUCCUUUUCCCCCAGGGAGCCCCAGGUCAGCUACCCCAGCACUUCCGGAGAGAAAUGAUGUUUGGUGUGGGGAAUAAAUGGUUUACGUUUUACAUCA